AUGUCAGGGAGUUUCUGGACAUCUACACAAAGGCAUCAUUGGCAGUAUACCAAGGCAUCAUUGGCUAAAGAGAGGCAGAAGCUAUGGAUGUUGGAGUGCCAGUUGUUCCCUCAAGGCUUAAAUAUCGUUAUGGAUUCUAAGCAAAACGGUAUUGAACAGUCUGUCACCAAAAAUAUUCCAAUAACCCACCGAGAUCUACACUAUGAUAAGGAUUAUAAUCUCAGAAUUUAUUGCUAUUUCCUGAUAAUGAAACUUGGAAGAAGGUUGAACAUACGGCAAUAUGCAUUGGCUACAGCACAUAUUUAUCUUUCACGAUUUUUAAUAAAGGCCUCUGUUAGAGAAAUCAACUUGUAUAUGCUGGUUACUACCUGUGUGUACUUAGCGUGUAAAGUUGAAGAAUGCCCACAGUAUAUCAGAACCUUGGUAAGUGAGGCCCGUACAUUGUGGCCCGAAUUUAUUCCACCUGACCCUACCAAAGUUACUGAGUUUGAAUUUUACUUACUUGAAGAGUUGGAAAGUUAUCUAAUUGUCCAUCACCCUUAUCAAUCCUUGAAGCAAAUUGUUCAGGUCUUAAAGCAGCCUCCUUUUCAAAUAACACUAUCAUCUGAUGAUUUACAGAAUUGCUGGUCAUUGAUCAACGACAGCUAUAUCAACGAUGUUCAUUUAUUGUACCCUCCUCAUAUAAUUGCUGUGGCAUGUUUAUUCAUUACAAUUUCUAUACACGGAAAACCAACCAAAGGAUCAUCGUUGGCAUCUGUCGCUUCCGACGCCAUCAGAGAUCCUGAUCAAUCCAGCUCUCUUACCCAAAUAGCUUUUAACCGUUUUAUGGCGGAAUCUCUUGUAGAUUUAGAGGAAGUCAUGGAUACGAUUCAAGAACAGAUUACAUUAUACGACCAUUGGGAAAAAUAUCACGAACAGUGGAUAAAGUUCCUGCUGCACACUUUGUAUUUGAGGCCGGCUUCCUCAAUGUAG